GCGCUAGCGGGUCGGCGUUGAGGGAGCCACCGCCCUCCCGCCUGCGCACUGCUUCUCGGCCCCCUCCGGCCCGCCCGCAACCGGCGGCGUCAUGCCAGCCGCUGCUUGGCGGUAGGGAGUGCCCGGGGCCGCCGCCUCCGCCCGCCCGCCCGAAGCCGCGCCCACUGCCCAGAGCCAGAGGGAUGGUGGUAGUCACGGGGCGGGAGCCAGACAGCCGUCGCCAGGACGGUGCCAUGUCCAGCUCCGACGCCGAAGACGACUUUCUGGAGCCGGCCACGCCGACGGCCACGCAGGCGGGGCACGCGCUGCCCCUGCUGCCCCAGGAGUUUCCUGAGGUUGUUCCCCUUAACAUUGGAGGGGCUCACUUCACUACACGCCUGUCCACACUGCGGUGCUAUGAAGACACCAUGUUGGCAGCCAUGUUCAGUGGGCGGCACUACAUCCCUACGGACUCCGAGGGCCGGUACUUCAUCGACCGAGAUGGCACACACUUUGGAGAUGUGCUGAAUUUCCUGCGCUCAGGGGACCUCCCACCCAGGGAGCGUGUUCGGGCUGUGUACAAAGAGGCCCAGUACUAUGCCAUUGGGCCCCUCCUGGAGCAGCUGGAGAACAUGCAGCCACUGAAGGGCGAGAAGGUGCGCCAAGCGUUUCUGGGACUCAUGCCCUAUUACAAAGACCACUUGGAGCGGAUUGUGGAGAUUGCCCGGCUGCGUGCGGUCCAGCGGAAGGCCCGCUUUGCCAAGCUUAAGGUCUGUGUCUUCAAGGAGGAGAUGCCCAUCACCCCCUAUGAGUGUCCGCUCCUCAACUCCCUGCGCUUUGAGCGGAGUGAGAGUGACGGGCAGCUUUUUGAGCACCACUGUGAAGUGGAUGUGUCUUUUGGGCCCUGGGAGGCUGUGGCUGAUGUUUAUGACCUGCUGCACUGCCUGGUCACGGACCUCUCGGCCCAGGGCCUCACCGUGGACCACCAGUGCAUCGGAGUGUGUGAUAAGCACCUCGUGAACCACUACUACUGCAAGCGCCCCAUCUAUGAGUUCAAGAUCACAUGGUGGUGAGUAGCCCUGGUAGGUGAGAGUCCCAUCAGGGAGGAUGUCCGCCCUGCUUGGUGGCUCUGGGAGUAAGAUCCCUAAAGGGGCUGCUGACUGCCCCAGAAUCUGCCGAGGUGAGGACCGCGUCCUGAGGCACAGCUGCCAGGGGACAGAGGUGUAGCUCCAGUCUCCCUGACUGUACCUCAGGGUUGGGCUCAGGGCUUGCGGCCUGCAGGCACUCCGGCCAGCGCUCACCUGGCCUUUCCUCAAGGCAUGGUAGUCUUUCCUUGAGGCUGAUAGCUAGGGCUUGACCAGGAAGUCCCGAGAAGUUUUGUCACCUUCUUGACCUUGCAAGAGAGUUUCUGCCCAUUUUAGAGCCACGUUACCAAAUCGAUGUAGGCCUGAUCACUUCCUCAACCCUGUUCAAGCAUCCCUCCCUUGUGCUCAGUGUAUUGGUGUGAACACGGAACAUAAUGAGGGAUUUAUCUGACCAGCCACCCCAUAGACCCUGGCUGAAGAAGAAAGAGCAUCUUGUCUCCCACUGUACCCCUUCUCCUCCAAGAAUAGUUGCCCACAUUCCGAAAAUGUGGAAAGACUUUUCUUUUCCUUCCGGAACAUGUUCUUCACCACCUUUUGGAGAUUUAACCAUAGCUGCCAAAGCUAUGCACCCAGUUGGCCUUAGAAAACCACAAUGUUUACAGCCCUGUCUUAGGGCCAUGGCUUCUCCUAUCUUCCACCACCCUCCUUGCUUGCAGGGUUAUCUUCUCACAGGGCUGGAAUGCAAAUUUCAGAGGCUUCUUUUGAAGAUUCCCAAAGUCAAGCAGGCAAGAUGCCUAGAUCUGUUAUCUUUGACAUGUAACAUCCUUUUUAGAGGCUCAGAACACCUCCUUGGCUGCUAUCUCAUGUGUUAGAAUCCAAUUUGUGGUGAACCUCUUUGGAAGGGGACCCCCUCUUUAAACCCUGUUGCUCUGUCCUGGUAACAUUCUCCUUCUAGGAGAGCAUCUCUUCUGAGAAGGUAAAGGAUGGGCUGGGUAAGACACACAGCUAUCCUAGGAGCCGUAGGAAGACAAAACUUCCCUUUUGUUUUAGUUCUCACUCAUCUAUUUUUGUUUUACUCACUUCUC